AACUUUUAAGUCAUUUUUUACUAAAGUCGUGUGAUUUAUAAAAAAAAAAAAACAAAAUAAGACUCUGUACUUAAUUUUUGAAUUUUUUUUGCCACAAUUGAAGGGACCAAUUGAGAUCUUUAAAUUGAUGUGAAAAAUAAAAAUAUAUAUAUGAAUGAAAAUGCUUUAGAGUUUCUUAAAUAAAUGGUUUUUCAAGGACUUCCUUGAAUAAAUAUGUUCCCAAAAUAAAUGGUUUAUCAAAGGAUUACAAUACCAGAUUACCAGUAAAUGGUAGCAGUAGAGGGAAGAAGAUGGAGGGAAGGUGAAAUGGAAGUCAACAUCCUCGCUGCGCUGAACGCAUACCCGAUGCUGCGACUAAGACCAGGGUCUUUGAACCGGAGAGAGCGGUUCCACUCUGGCAUUGCAGUCCUCUGCCAUUGUGGCUAGAUGCAGUCAACUCUAUCAUCUUAUCUUGUCCAUUAAGGCCUGUUGGUCAAUGGUUAUACCAUCACAAUGCCAUUUCUCAUUUUUUAUGGCUGAUCUGGUGGACAUGAAGUUUGUGCAAUAUGGCUCAAUUGGUUGGUAAUGACGAGAUAGAAUCACUGAGAAUUGAGCUAGCAGAGAUAGGAAAGAGUUUGAGGUCAUCGGUGCGACGCCACAUUUCUAGUUCCAGAAGCAGUUCAGAGUUGAAUUCUGUAAAGGAUGAUGUUGAUAAUGAAUUUGCCUUACAAUGGGCCAAGAUUGAUAGACUGCCUACAUUUGAGAGGUUAAGAUCAUCUUUGUUCGAUGAAAGUGAUGGAAGCGAGGUUGAUGUUCAAGGAAAACGGGUAGUUGACGUUACUAAGCUUGGUGCUCUGGAACGACAGAUGUUUGUUGAAAAACUCAUCAAAUACAUUGAGAAUGACAACCUUCGAUUGUUGCAGAAAAUGAGAAACAGAGUCCAUAAGGUUGGUGUAGAACUACCGACAGUGGAAGUAAGAUAUAAAAAUCUGCGAGUGGAAGCAAAGUGUGAGGUGGUUCAUGGCAAGCCACUUCCUACUCUAUGGAAUUCACUGAAAAGCUUUGUUUUUGACUGUGCCAAGCUACCUGGUUUGAAGUCGCAGGACGCCAAGAUAACUAUCAUUGAUGAUGUCAAUGGUAUCAUUAAGCCUGGAAGGAUGACUUUGUUGCUUGGUCCUCCAGGAUGUGGAAAGACUACUCUACUGAAAGCACUUUCUGGAAAUCUAGACAAAUCUCUCAAGUUUUCAGGGGAAGUUUUAUACAACGGUUACAAACUGGAAGAUUUUGUUCCACAGAAAACUUCAACUUAUGUAAGUCAAAAUGACCUACACAUCCCUGAAAUGACUGUGAGGGAAACACUUGAUUUUUCAGCUCGUUGUCAGGGGGUUGGAAGCCGAUCAGAGAUUAUGAAUGAGGUCAGCAGAAGGGAGAAACAGGCAGGAGUUUUUCCAGACCCAGAUGUUGAUACAUACAUGAAGGCGAUUUCUGCUGAAGGACAGAGGAAUACUCUUCAGACUGACUACAUUUUGAAAAUUUUAGGACUUGAUAUAUGUGCUGACACACUGGUUGGAGAUGCCAUGAGAAGAGGUAUCUCAGGUGGUCAGAAGAAAAGAUUGACUACAGGGGAGAUGAUUAUAGGACCUACAAAAGCUCUUUUUAUGGAUGAAAUAUCAAAUGGUUUAGACAGUUCCACCACAUAUCAAAUUGUUGCUUGUCUUAAACAACUAGCACAUAUCACAGAUGCUACUAUACUUGUGGCACUUCUUCAGCCAGCACCAGAAACCUUUGAUCUCUUUGAUGACAUCAUCUUGAUGGAAGGAGGGAAGAUUGUAUAUCAUGGACCCCGUAGUCGUGUUCUAGAAUUUUUUGAGGAUUGUGGUUUUAGAUGUCCUGAAAGGAAAGGGGUAGCUGACUUCCUCCAAGAGGUAAUAUCUAGAAAUGAUCAAGCACAGUACUGGUACCAAGCUGAACAGUCUUGGAGUUACAUAUCUGUUGAUUUGUUUUGCAAGAAAUUUAAGGAAUCUACUUUUGGGAAGAAGGUAGAUGAGGACCUAUCAAAGCCAUUUACGAAGUCUCAGAGCCAUAAGAAGGCAAUCUCGUUUAGCAAGUAUUCACUUUCUAAAUGGGAGCUUUUUAGAGCUUGCAUGUCAAGGGAGUAUCUUCUUAUGAGGAGGAAUUCUUUUAUUUACGUAUUCAAAACAAUUCAGCUUGUUAUCACAGCAUUUAUCGCAAUGACUGUAUUCUUGAGAACUCGGAUGGGUGUUGAUGUCAUUCAUGCAAACUCCUAUCUGGGUGCUUUGUUCUUUUCUCUGCUCAUUCUUUUCUUCGAUGGGUUUCCGGAGAUGUCCAUGACUGUCACAAGACUUGCUGUUUUCUACAAACAGAGGGACUUGUACUUCUAUCCAGCAUGGUCAUACACAAUCCCAUCCACAAUUCUCAAGGUUCCUCUUUCAUUGUUCGAAGCCCUAAUUUGGACUUCUCUUACUUAUUAUGUCAUAGGAUACAGUCCAGAGCCUGGGAGGUUCUUCCGACAGCUUAUUCUACUUUUCGCUUUGCACUUUGCUGCAAUAUCCAUGUUUCGUUUUGUGGCAUCUAUCUUCCGCACCAUGGUUGCUACUUUUUCAGCUGGUUUUGUGUCGAUAUUAGCUGUCUUUUUAUUCAGUGGCUUCAUUAUACCAAAAUCCUCUAUGCCAACUUGGUUGAAGUGGGGAUUUUGGGUUUCCCCAUUGAGUUAUGGUGAGAUAGGCCUUGCUGUAAAUGAAUUUCUUGCUCCAAGAUGGCAAAAGGCCAAGGCAGGGAAUACAACAAUAGGGAUAGAAACACUUGAAAACCAUGGGCUUCACUUUAGGGGAUACUUCUUCUGGCUCUCAGUUGGUGCCUUACUUGGGUUUGCAAUACUCUUCAACAUUGGGUUUACAUUGGCCUUAACCUUCUUAAACCCUCCUAGUCCUCGUGCUAUUAUUUCAAAUGAGAAGCUCUCCCAAAUAGAAGGAAGUGAAGAUUCCUCCAAUGGUACUGAUAAAGAAGCAAAGUCGAAGAGCUACGAGAAAACUACAUCGAAACGUCAUAAAGGUCGGUUGGUUUUACCUUUUGAGCCUGUAACUUUAGCGUUUCAAGAUGUGCAAUACUGCAUUGAAACCCCUUUGGAAAUGAGAGAAAGGGGUUUCACUCAGAAACAACUCCAACUUCUUUGUGAUAUUACGGGUGUAUUAAGGCCCGGUAUUCUAACAGCGUUGAUGGGUGUCAGUGGAGCUGGUAAAACAACUCUUCUUGAUGUUCUUGCUGGAAGGAAGACUAGUGGCGCUAUUGAAGGAGAUAUUAGAAUUGGAGGAUAUCCCAAGGUUCAAGAAACUUUUGCUAGAAUUUCGGGUUAUUGUGAGCAAAGUGACAUUCAUUCCCCACAAAUUACAGUAGGAGAAUCCAUCGUUUAUUCUGCUUGGCUGCGCCUGCAUCCGGAAAUUGAUUCAAGAACGAAAUUUGAAUUUGUGAGAGAGGUCCUAGAGAUCAUUGAGCUUGAUGAAAUUAAAGAUAAUUUGGUUGGAAUGCCCGGUGUCAGUGGUUUAUCAACUGAACAACGGAAGCGGCUUACAAUAGCAGUAGAGCUUGUUGCAAACCCCUCCAUUAUCUUCAUGGAUGAACCUACAACUGGAUUGGAUGCAAGAGCAGCUGCAAUUGUUAUGCGGGGCGUGAAGAAUGUGGCUGAUACUGGAAGAACAAUUGUUUGCACCAUUCACCAACCAAGUAUUGACAUAUUUGAAGCAUUUGAUGAGUUACUCAUCUUGAAAAAUGGCGGGCAUAUUAUCUACUCUGGACCACUGGGUCAACAUUCAAGCUUUGUCAUCAAAUAUUUUGAGGAUAUCCCCGGGGUCCAAAAGAUUAGAAAUAAUUACAAUCCAGCAACAUGGAUCUUAGAGGUCACUUCCACAACUGCAGAAGCCGAACUUGGCAUUGAUUUUGCCCAAGUUUAUAAGAAUUCUCUCUUGUAUCAAACUAACCAGCAGAGUCUUUUCAAUGUUCUUGGGGCAAUGUACUCUGCUUCCAUUUUCUUGGGCAUAAAUAAUUGUACGUCAGUUUUACCAUACGUCUCAACGGAACGAUCAGUUGUCUAUAGGGAAAGGUUUGCAGGAAUGUAUGGGUCAUGGGCUUAUGCACUUGCUCAGGUCACGAUUGAGGUUCCCUAUCUCUUAGCCCAAGCAAUUGUUUUUUCGAUCAUUACGUAUCCGAUGAUUGGGUAUUAUUGGUCAGCUUAUAAGGUUUUCUGGUACUUCUACGCCAUGUUUUGUACAUUGUUGUACUUCACUUAUGUUGGAAUGCUGCUUAUUGCAAUGACCCCAAGCUUCCCAGUGGCGGCAAUUCUACAGUCAUUGUUCUACGUAAUGUUUAACUUGUUCUGCGGAUUUUUGAUUCCUCUACCACAAAUUCCCAAGUGGUGGGUCUGGAUGUAUUAUCUUACUCCAACAUCUUGGACUCUAAGGGGUAUGCUUACUUCACAGUAUGGAGAUAUACAGAAGAAUAUUACGGCGUUUGGUGAAACUAAAACCGUAUCAGCGUUUUUGAGAGAUUACUUCGGAUACCACCACGAUGAGUUACCCAUCGCGGGAGUUGUUCUCAUUAUGUACCCCAUUAUUUUUGCUUCGCUUUUUGCAUAUUGCAUAGAGAAGUUAAACUUCCAGAGGAGAUGAUGGUUUCGAAACCAUGUGUUUUGUAUACUUAAAAAUGAAUAGGUGGUUGUAGCUGACAAUCCAUGACUCUAUCUUCA